CUUUUGCUUUGUAAAUUGUCUGAUUUUAUAUGCCAUAUUUCGUUUCUUUCUCAUUAUUAUAAGGGCUUCCAUUGCAGGGAUGAAAAGAGGUUGAUUAAGAAGAUAGUGAAAGACGUCUCCAAUGCGCUGUAUGAGAUCCCUUCUCCAAAGCCCGUGAUAGUGAUCCCAACCGAGCCAAUAAUCGAGAACCAGCCAUCAACUCAACGCAUGAUGCAACAGAUUCUUGAUUGCAUAAGUGACCCUAAUCCACGUUUUGGCAUCAUUGGAGUGUCUGGUAUGGGGGGAGUGGGUAAAACCACUCUGGUUAGAGAAGUAAACAAUUACUUGGAAAAUGAUUUGGCUAGAGGAGUUAAGAUACCUUUUGAAACUGUGGUAAUGGUCACCGUGUCAGCUACUCCCAACAUAACAAGUAUCCAAAACAGCAUCGGUGAGCGCCUGGGAUUACCAAAGAAUAGUGGGGCUCAUGCAUUGUUUGAAGCCCUAAGGAAGAAGAAAUUUCUUCUAAUUUUGGAUGAUGUGUGGUGCAAAUUAAAGUUUGUGGAUGUUGGAAUCCCUCACUCAGCUCGAAGCAACAAAGGGAGCAAGAUCCUUGUGAUCAGCCGGAGUAAAGAUGUUUGCACUGAUAUGGGUGCUAGAAAAACAAUAAAAGUGCAGCCAUUAACAGAAGCUGAAUCAUGGGAGCUUUUUGUUGAAGUAGCUGGUGAACAUGUUGCUUCCAAUGGCAUAAAGUGCUUUGCUGAAAAAUUGGUUGGGAGCUGUAAGGGUCUCCCUCUUGCAAUUGUCACUGUUGGUCACGCAAUGGCAAAUCGAUGUGGAGUUGGGGAGUGGGCAAAUGCCGUAAGGGAAAUGGAACUAUCAGCCACAAAUCUUCGAGGUAUGAUAGAUGAAGUAUUCAUUCCUUUAAAAUUCAGUUUUGAUAGACUGGAUGAUGAUAUGCUUAGGAGUUUAUUUCUUUAUUGUGCUUGCUUCCCUGAAGACUAUAACAUAAAAGAAGAAAUGAUAUUAGAUUAUUGCGUCGGAGAGGGAUUUAUAGAUAGAUUAGGUAGUCUCACAGCUACUGGGGAUAAAGGUCAGGCUCUAUUAGGAAGCUUGAAAAUUGCUUGUAUGUUAGAAGAUGGAGAGGAGAAAGAUAGCGUGAGGAUGCAUGAUGUGAUGCGGGAGCUUGCACUUUGGAUUACAUCUUCAGUGUCUGAUAGUAGUCCCAAGUUCUCGAUAAGGGCAAGUGAAACUUUUAAAGAGGCACCGCAGGCUCAUGAGUGGGUAGAUGCAACAAGGAUUUCACUAAUGGAUACCCAAAUAAGGGAGUUGCCAGAGUUGGGAGAGAAGUGCCAAAAACUAACCACUUUGCUACUCAGGGAGAAUAAGAACCUCACUGUUAUUCCCCCAACAAAUUUCUUGCAAUACAUGGAUCAUCUUAGUCUACUUGAUCUUUCUAACACAGAGAAACUGGAAUAUCUCCCAGAUUCCUUGUCAUGUUUGGUGAAUCUUAAGGUGCUUAGGUUACAGUGGUGUCAAAGUUUGAGAGAAUUGCCAGCACUGGGAAAGCUUCGACAGCUCCAAGUUUUAGACUUGAGAAAUUGUUGCCAUGAAUUAGACUUGCAAAGCAUGGGAGGUAUGAGUAAUUUAAGAUACUUGGAUGUGUCAUAUUCUCCAGUUUCAAUUCCAGUGGGGGUAAUUUCUCGAUUGCACAAAUUGGAGGACUUGAGAUUGUGUGGAGCAUAUAACAUAAAAUGGAGGGUUAGUGGUGCCAAUGAUGAAAAAUGGAAUGGGAUGGGUGAGUGCUCCCCUAUUGAUGUGGAAGAGUUGUCCCACUUGACCUAUUUAACUUCUCUUUUUAUUUCCUUUGAAGAUAUCAUUGUCUCUGAUUGGUUCAAACCUUUGGCCAAGAAGAUUCAAGUAUUGUGGCUGAAACGUUGCACAAUUGUAAAACAAGAUGCUCUACAAGCCCUCAAUGAAUCCCAAAAUCCAAGGAACUUAAAAAUUCAGAAUUGCUCAGGUGUGACAAGUUUGCCCACUCGUGUUGGAGGUAAAGUUUUAAUACAAAAUUGUGAGGAUUUGGAGGUGGUGUUGGAUGGAGCGAAGGAGGAUUCCUUUGAGUGGUUAUAUCUAGGAAGAUUGCCAAAAUUGAAAAGGAUAUGUGGUAGUACUCUUGUACCACUAAAUUGCUUUGCUCAACUAUCGACAAUAUACAUUGAGGAAUGCAAUAGUUUGAAGAUGGUCUUCACCAAGGGAAUGCCACGCCUCUUCAACAACUUGAAGGAAAUUAUAGUUCAGAAAUGUGAGAGAAUGGAAGUAAUAAUUGAAGAAGCAGAUGAAGAUGAUCAGGAAGAAGAAAAAGCAGUUGUCAUCUCGCCCUUCCCAAGAUUGACACAAUUAUGGGUAAUUGACUUACCAGCACUAACUGACCUGUGCACCAAUCACAUCUUGCAUUGCCCCUUUAUAGAUUGUGUGAAUGUUGAAAACUGUGAGAGGUUAAAGAAGGAUCCUCUCAACAUACGAAACACAGACGGUUUACUCGUCAUCGAAGAGGGUAAAAAGUCUUGGACAAAAGGCAGUAAGGUCAUGGAAGAGGAAAUUCAAGCUGCUUCUAUCUGUGCUCUCACCUCUCCUAAGCAGAGACAUCUCAUUGCACUCCGCUUCCUCCUACUUUUACUUUUAUAUUUUGUUUUCUUCUUCCCUAUCCAUGUUAGUUGCAUGAAUUAGGGUUUGCUUCCCAUGCGUAUAGCUAGUGGCAAUAGCAUGUAUACUUGAGGUUCGUUGCUUACCACAUGACUUUUGUCAUUGGUGUGAGUAUGCUGGAGGUUUUUCCGGCUUUAUCUGUCAAGCAUGAUGUUUUUCAUUUUUUUAAUGAUCAUUUUGAUGUUAGUUGUAGCUACAGCUCUUUGUUUAAUCCCUUGG